AUGAUUUCCUUCACAAAGUGGCGUGAAUGUCAGUGAGUCCGCGGCGGAACUGAGUUAUGCAACGACGGUGAAGAUGGUGGUGCUCCUCGUGACUCAGUGGGCUGCUGCUGUAGUGGGAGCCCGGUGACUGUGUGGGUCUGUGAGGAUGAUGAUGAUGAAGAUGAUGAUGAUGAGGAGUGUCACUCUUUAUCUUUAACAGCAACAUGAAGGCGAUGUGAGCCACCACAGAGUGUUAGAGCUAAAGAGAUGAGGAAAAAAGAGUCGUAAGUUUACGACCCGAAAUUCAAAUAUGAGAAUAAAGUUGCAGGUUUACUGAGGAGAAAGUCGUGCGUUUAUGAGGAUUAAUGUGUAAUGUUACAGGACAAAAAGUCAGUUUUAUAAUAAUAAAGCUGAAAAAAAUAAAAAUCUAAGUCAGAGACAGUUUAAAAAGUCGGAAUAUUACAAGAAAAAAGUUAAAACUUUUGACUUUUCUUAUGGACUUAAGUCAUAAUAUUGAGGUCUAAUGUAAAGCUAAUGAUGUGGCAGGAUGGCAAAUGAUUCCAUUAAAGUCAACACCAAGGUUAAUGAGCAGCACAGUUAUAGCCCCACGUAUGGGCGACUGAAAGUGUGCAGAAAUACAUACAGGAAGUGUGUUGAAUCCCAGUGUUUUCACUGACAAACUGAUGCCGCUCAGACAGACAGAGAGAUAAGGGAGGAAAUGAAGGGAGGCAUGUGAAGUGAGGCGGACUGGAACCGGCAGCCGGGAGACAUGGAGUUUAGAGAAACUGAGCCAGGGUAUCAAAGUCCGAGACAAAAGCGGUUGGAGCAGCUUUUCAGUUACAUUCAAACUGGGUAGAGAUGGUGUGUGUGUGUGCGUUGGCCGUGGACGUCAGAGGAGGAGCUGUGAGGGUUCAGUCGGUUUGGAGCGCCAGGGCCACAUUCUCAUCCUGCUGCCACUGAAAGAGGAAGAAGACAUGAACAGGCCCGGUGGGAUUAGGGCUCAGGGCCCACUGAGGAGCGGUCAGAGGGGAUUUGCUGCCCCCCGGGCACACAAUGUGGCAGCUCUGGCCCAGGCAGCCGACAUGCCUCUUCUGGAAGAAACCGCUCUGCCUCAAGACCACCCACCCACAGUCCCUGUUGUCAUCAUAGGUAACGGUCCUUCAGGCAUAUGUCUGUCCUACCUACUCAGUGGAUACAAACCCUACUUGGAUACAACAACUGUCCACCCAAACCAAAUACUGUACAGGAAACUACAGGAGACCAAGCAUUUACCUAUCACUGAACAGGAUCUGGAAUACUUGAGUGAAGGCCUUGAGGGAAGGUCAAGAAAUCCCGUGGCCGUCCUCUUUGACACGCUGCUUCACCCCAAUGCUGACUUUGGCUACGAGUUUCCUUCUGUCCUACAGUGGAGGAAGGACAAGCAACAUCACAUCCCACAUUUGGUCCUGGGACGAUCCUCACCUGGAGGAGCUUGGCAUGCAAUGGAAGGGUCGAUGUUGACCAUCAGUCUUGGCAUCUGGAUGGAGCUUCCUGGAGUCAACUACAGAGACCUAACAAAUGACAAGCAAAGGGAUACAACCAAUGACAGAGCAACUCCCGAGGAGAUUUCAUCCUAUUACCAAAACUACGUGAAGAUCAAAGGCCUUCAAAAGAACUUUGUAGAGAACACCUACGUGACCUCCAUCCAGAAACUGUGCCGAGGGCGCAGCGAGGAGGUUGUGGAGCUUGGACACAGUAUCGGAGCCGACCUGGGCCUGGGCGACGGUGGGAAUGAGGUCUUUGAGGGAAGUGGGGUUGAGUGUGAAAACAAUGGAGCUGAGUGUGUUCUCUGGGAAGUACGGGGAUAUCAGCAGGUGCAGAACAACGCCCACAUCCCAUUCUGUUUGUUCGCCGAAAACGUCGUCCUGGCCACCGGCGCGUCAGAUUCACCGAUCCGCUUGGGCGUCGAGGGCGAGGACCUGCCAUUUGUGUACCACAGUAUCUCAGACCUGGGCUUGGCUCUAGGUCGAGGGCAGCUGGAUAUGAACUCUGACCCGGUGUUGGUGGUAGGCGCUGGUUUGAGUGCGGCAGAUGCGGUUCUGUGUGCCUGCAACAGCAACGUCAGGGUGCUGCACGUUUUCCGUAAGAGCACGGAGGACUCGGACCUCAUCUUCAAACAGCUGCCUAAGACCCUGUAUCCAGAGUACCACAAAGUUUACAACAUGAUGUGCUCUCAGACCUACAAGAAUGUGACUCCCUCCCCUGCUCCAAACAGAGCCCAGGCGGUCAGUAUCGCCUCCUCAGUCUGUGCCAAAAUGUGUCCGAAGCCCCAACUGGCCACAGGUGGUAAUGCCAGCGUGGGCUUGUUCCCAGACUACACCAGUUUCCCUGAUCACUGCGUGGUGUCUUUUCAGUCUGACAUGAAAUGUUUGCUGCAGGGCAUAAACACCCUGAAGGCAUUCAAGGUCUCCAUGGCCCUGGUGCUGAUCGGGACAAACCCAGACCUAUUCUUCCUGAAGGGACAAGGCCAGUACCUGGGACAGGAUCCAACGAAACCUAUAUCUUGCAAACAAAACCCCGUUGACAUCUACCCGUACACAUUUGAAUGCACCAAGGAACCGGGUCUUUUUGCAAUGGGCCCAUUGGUGGGAGACAACUUUGUUCGCUUCCUGAAGGGCGGAGCUUUGGGCAUCACUUCCUGUCUGCUGAAGAGACUCAAAAAGAAAGAGAAACUCAUCAGUAACGGAGGAAAUGACUUUAUUUGAAGCAGGGAUUCCAAGUGCAGUACACACUGGUGUAUUUGGAGGUCGGGAGUUUUAACACCUCACGACUUUUUCAACUGCGUGGAUAUGGUCUGAUUAUUUUGUCAACAAAGUUCAACACAGGUCUGAAUUUAUAAAUUCGAACACGGGAGCAUUUUUACAAUGCACACAAAGUUUUUAAAGUUUUCAACUUGGAAUAGAAAAUUCUGACAACAAAUAUUUCAAUUCAGAAUCUUUUUAUUUCUUUUAUAUUGAAAGUUUUUGGUUAAACAACAAGUGCAUGAAAAACAACCAAAAUCCAUUUGAAGCUGGUAUAAGCAUUUAAAUUUUUGUUUGUUCUAUUUCUGGUAUUUCAGAAAUAUUCAUAAUUUGGGCUUUUUGUGUUUUGGUGUUGUAAUUCUCUUGACAAUUUUCUCCUUAAAUGCAUUUCUUAUGCAUUAUCUAAGAACCUUAGUCACCAACGGUGACAAUGAAUUGUUUUUUCUGCAACAAUGUCGGCUUCCUUUGGACACACAGUUCUUCUGUGUGUGUGUGUGUGUGUGAACUCGCUGCUUACUCACUGUCAAUGUAACAGUGUGGUUCAGUAGCUUAGCAGAGUCAGCGCUGGUGGUAAAAAAAAAACAUUACUAUUCUGUUUUAUACAUUUCCUAGUUAAUUACUGUUUAACAGCUACUAAUGUAUGGACGCUUUAGUUUCAUAGCAGUGAGUUUUCAGCUGAAGUUCUUGAACACUUUCAAUUAUGAAUUUCUGAAGAUUUUCUUUUUCUUUUAUUGAUGACAGUACAGUUUUAGUUGCAUCAGAAAAGGCAGGAAAAACUAGGGAUGUCUUGAUCCAUUACUCAGGUGUCGCUGUGAUAUUGGUCAAUAUUUCAGAUAAAAAAACAACCACGCCGUAAACAUGGACAUAUCGCCUCAGCAAUGACAGACUGUGGGAUUCUGGAGGAGAAAAAAAGGUACUGGAAUGACAUCGGUAUCAGAGGCUACUCCAAGUUGUUAAUGAGGUUAAUGAUGAUGGUAUGAAACUUUCUUGUAUGAUGGAAGAAUUUUUAAUAUUUUUAUGUCAUUUUUAUAUUCCUGACAAAUAAAACCUGGA